UCGCGAGCCUCGUUCCGCCACUUCCCGGCUCCAUCCUCUCUCGCCCUUCUCUCUUCCACCGCCGCCUUCUUUCUCCAGAUUUCCUUCCACUCCUCAAUAUGUCUUUCCCCUUCUGUUUAUUUCACCUUCUGCUCUCCCACCGCCACCCCUGCUUCCUUCUCUCUCUCUCUCUCUCUCUCUAUAUAUAUAUAUAGAGAGAGAGAGAGAGAGAGAAUGUCCAUGUGUGCAUUUUUCUUCUUUUCCCUCUCAACUUCUGUUCCUCCCUCGCUGCUCCCCUCCCUGCUUUCUGUUUCCGUUUUUCCCUUCCUCCGCCCCAACCCUACUGAUUCCUGCCAUACACUCUCCAUCACCACCUCUUUGCUUUCUGGUUGCUCUCACCCGCCUUUUGUUCCCCUCGGAAAGAUCUGUCGAGGGCUGGCGGGGGAUGAGUUCAGGGAAGGGGAAACGAGGCAGCGUGGAAAGGAGGAGAGACAAGUGGGAAAGACGGCCAUUCUGGACCAGUUCAACCCCAGUCUAAGGAAUUUUGUUACUAUGGGGAAAAACUAUCAAAAAGCACUCUCAGGAGUUACAGUGGCUGCCAAGGGUUAUUUUGAUGCCUUAGUGAAACUUGGGGAGUUGGCCAGUGACAGCCAAGGAUCCAAGGAGCUGGGUGACACAUUGUUCCAGAUGGCUGAAGUCCACAGGCAGAUCCAAGUCCAGCUGGAGGAGACGCUGAAGCUUUUCCAUUCAGAGCUGUUGUCCCAGCUGGAACAUAAACUGGAACUGGACAUCAAGUACCUGAUGGCCACCUUAAAGAAAUACCAGGUUGAACACCGUGCCAAAGCAGAGUCGAUCGAAAAGUGUCAGGCGGAGCUGAAGAAAUUACGCAAGAAAUGCCAGAACAGCAAAAACCCACAGAAAUAUGGGGACCGUGAGGUGCAGUACGUAGAGAUCAUGAGCACCAAGCAGAGUGAACUGGAUCAGUUUGUGGCGGAAGGCUACAAGGCCGCCCUGACGGAGGAGCGGCGCCGGUAUUCCUUCCUGGUGGAUCGUCAGUGUGCCGUCUCCAAACACUUCAGCAACUAUCACACCAAGGUGCGGGAGCUGCUGGCCACCAAGUUGCCCAUCUGGCAGUCUUCAUGCACCCAGCCCACCCGCUUACCUGAGCGGGUGCUGGCCCUGGUAAAGCUCACCGCCAACAACCCCUCUGGCGGGGCUCCCAUGCCGACCCCCGAUGCCCUCCCUGGCUCCAAGGUUGUGGAAGAGCUGUCGGAGCUUGGACCAAACCAUCGAACCUCCAUCCAGGAGGUGACACCACUGCCAAACGGGGACUCGCACCGCGGGCGGGGAUCCCGGGACUUGGGCCACGCGCCGGUCAGCGAGCCCAACACCAUCACCUCGGGUCUUCCACCUACCCAAACCACUCAGACCCCUCCACAGACCAAGACAGCCGACAGCUAUUCUUGCACCCUGCCUAUGCCGCGGAAGAUGUCCAUGGAGACUCGGCUGGCAACGCUGGUGGAGAACAAGACCCUGCCCCGCAUCAGUCCUCUUUCGGUCCUACCCCCACGUUCCGAACGCCGGAGGGUCCAGGCAAUAUUCUCACAUGCAGCAGGCGAAAACAGCACACUGCUUAACUUCCAAGAGGGAGACGUCAUCCUGCUGCUGGUGACUGAGGCACGGGACGGCUGGCAUUAUGGGGAAAACGAGGCGACCAAAAUGAAAGGCUGGUUUCCUUUCUCCUACACCCGGCCCUUCCCCACGGCUGAGGGAGCUGACAAACCAUUCAGCAGCGGCUUCCCACUUAGCAAGCUGAACAGCAGCAGCACAGGAAAUCUGGACCGAGCGGGGUCUCCACCAGCCGGCCCUGAAGCAGGGGACAGUGCCCGUUACAGGCCUUCACCUCGUGCCCUUGCAUCCCACCAACGGCCUUACAGCAUGAUCAACCCCGACCUGUCACAGCUGGCAAAUGAGUUUGGGAGUCCGACUGCCUCUCCUUCAAGGACCAACCCUUUUGCUCACAUCAAGCUGAAGCGUACAGUGACCAAUGACCGCUCGGCUCCGCUCAUCCAGUGAGAGGCGCAGCGGUGGGCGGAGGCAGACGGCCGCUCCCGCGUCUCUCCCUCGCCCCCACCGUGUGGCCCUUCCCGCCUAACAAAGCAUUUCCAGCUCAGAGGCAGGCCUGGCUUCCCAUCACCCCCUCCCGUGGCCCGUUGGGCUGCGGCUCUGCAGGUUUGGACCACUGGGCCUGCGCACCACAGGAAGGCCGCCCUGCGCAGAGUUCUCAGCUCCUGCAGGAGGAACAAGGCAGCAGCCAAAGGACAGGAAGGGCAGGCCGGAGGAGGGAGUGAGGGUGGAGGCGAUGGAGGCAGAGGCGUAACGGUUGGACGAACAGAGGCGGAAGAAAGAGGGUGGAUGUGGAACUGGAGGGCAGGCGGAAGAAAGAGAAAACGAAGGUGGAUAAUGAGGGAUUGGCAGCCGCCUCUUGCACCACAAAAUUUCCGUCCCUUGGGAUGUAAUUGACACUUUUCAGAACUCCAUGGCAAAGCUUUCACUGAUUCAAUUAAAUGGGUGUUGUGCCCCCGUACUUUGAAAUAAGCCCCCAUCAUUCCGACUGUCAAGGGUCCCUCAUUCCAAUUUUUUAUUUCAAUGGAAGCAGCCUACCGGAGGGCGUCCUACAGGAGUAGGACACCUGCUGUGCAUGGAGACCUCGGUCCUGGGUUCACCCCUGGCAUCUCCUGCUAGGGCCAGGAAGGGGCCCUGCCGAACCCCUAGAGAACUGCUGCUGCCAGUCAGUGUCAGCAUUGCUGGGUUAGGUGGACCAGCAGUCUGAUCCAGAAUAAGGCGGCUUCCUAAGUCCUCAAUUCACCCCACUUUCUCUAGACUGGGUUCAGGUGGCCAGGGGGCUUGCUUGGUGGCUGCACUUAUCAAAUGAUGGCUGGUGUUCUUUCAUCACAUGGCAGGACAAUCCUUUCAUCUCCUGGGCAACAGCUCUUGUGAGCAAGGAGAUUACAUGAGAGUGAUAACAGCAGGUUACCCAAAUCUCCCCUUACGGUGCAGGCCUUGGAGGCAUCUGGGUUGAGAACAGGCAAGAUCGGUUUGGGAGAAAGAGGUAAGAGGUGGUCAAUGUGGAGAGGACUUGAGAAAUCCAGAAAAGCUGAGUUUGAGGCAGAUUCACACAUGCAGUGAAUUUCAUGCAGUGCGUCGAUAAUUUGUCGCUCGGUUGCCGAACAUACAGCCUGCAGCAAUCACACGGCUUGGCUGCUUGACUGUGUGGAAUGACUCAACUGAAAAGCAUUGCCUUUGAAGCAACAGGUCCUGCUAGAUCUGCAGUUACGAGGCUCAGUGACGCAUGGGAGUCUUCAUUUCAUAUUGGAAUCAACAGGCGAUCCAUGCACACGUGUGAAGCAGCCCUUGCUGAUGGGACCAAACGUGUGAAUGGUCUCCAUUGAGGGGAUAGAACAAUCCUCGGUGCUUGAGCUGCAGCAGCUGUUUGACGUAUGCACUCCAUCACUCGCCCUUACUUUAAUUUAGUGAUGGCAUGCAUAUUUCAACUGGCCUUUCGUUAUCUGUGACAGGGCAACACGAGGUCACAGGAGAAAAGGAGCUGGAAUUUAUGAUUCUUGGAUUUGCUGGAAAUGCAGCAGUCCUGGAACUGUUUCCUGUGGACUGCAGGCCAGUCCCGGAGCCCCGCUGAGGUGACCCACACAGCUGGUGGGUUCUGCCUCCUCUUCAGCCAGAUUUUAUUUUACUAGGAAAACAUCCGUCUCACUAAUAUGCUUUAAUGAAACACAGGCCACAAAAUUUUCUCACCAUUUCAUUUUGUAAUUUAUAUUAAUUUUUUGUGGUAUAUUUAACCAUGCCUUUAUUAUUUUAGGAUAUAUGGCAGUCUGUAAGAAAUUUAGAGACUUUGCCAUGGUCCCCAGAUAGCAUAGUGAGAUAUAUAGACCAAGGAGCCAGGGGUCAGGACUCCUGAACGUUUUAGAAGAUGGUAGGUUAGAGCAAAACCAUUGAGAAACUUAAUAAUUGAGUUUAAUUCCAGUUGCUGUGGUUGUUGCAACAGACACAACAACAGCAUUCUUGUCUCGGGGGACCAAAAUGCAGGCAUUAUGGUCAAAGCCAAAUCAAAAUAAUUCAGCUGCAAAAGCUUUAUCUGAAGAAAAACAUAUUUGUUUCCCUCUGAGGAAAGGACUAGUUUUAGCAUCAUGUGCUGCCCCCUGCAGGCACUGAUGCGCCAUUACAGGAUUCCUGACAGCCUGGUGACACAGUUGAACUGGCUUCA